AUGCUGGGUUCAUCUUCACAAUUUAAGCAAAUCAUUGUAAAGAAAACAAACGUUCCAUAUGAAUUGAGAUUUAUUGACAUCAGAAAUUAUAUAGCGGGUGGGACAUUAGACCAAUUCACUCAAGAUUUCGGAAACAAUAAAUCACGUGUUAAAUCCUUUUUCCCUUAUCAAUUCAUCACAUGGGAGAAUUACGAAGAAGAAUUAUAUAAAGUGGAACCAUUCACGAAAGAUUCAUUUUAUUCAGCAUUAACUCAAGAAACUAUAUCAGAUAGUGAUUAUCAAAUAUAUCUCAAUGAUGCUAAAAACUUUAAGAAUAGAUUAGAAUAUUUUAUUCAUUAUUGCAAUAAAGAUGUUGAAAUUAUGAUUGACCCAAUCGAUAAAAUUAUUGAAGAAACAUUUGUUUAUAAAAUUGACACGCUUCAUAAUCUUUCUUUAUCAUCGAAUGCUUCAAUGAUUCGUUACGCUUUAGCAUAUAAAGACUUUAAUCCUAAUGAAAAAUAUCCUGAGGAAGAGAUAGAAUCAAGUUUUGAAUUAACGAAAAAGUAUUGGAAAUAUAAAAUUGAAUCAUAUAAGAAACAAGAUGAAAAAGCAGAAAGAGAUACUAAAAAUACUAUCACGAUUUAA